CCUCCAUCGAUUUAAAAAGAUUGUGGACCUUGUGGUCUAGAGCUGGAAGAUCAUAACUGAUUGGAAAGAAACCAAAUCGCCACUUCGCAUUUUGGCGAUCGAUUCCGGUUCCAAACGAGAUUACAACGAAAGAAUCUUCCCUGUUUGGAUGGCAUUGGCCCGACGGCCGUGGUUAACGCUGCUGGUUUUGGCCGGAUGGCUUGCUGUUUCCGGUGGAAGAGAAAUUGCGAUCGAGCAUGAAAAUAGCUAUCCUUGCUACAAUCGAACUAUUGCGAAGAUACUUGUGGAAUAUGCUUCUGCUGUUUACAUCACAGAUCUUACAUCGCUUUAUACAUGGACGUGCUCGAGGUGUAAUGAUUUGACAGAGGGGUUUGAGAUGGUAGAGCUGAUUGUUGAUGUCGAAAACUGCUUACAGGCCUUUGUGGGAAUUGAUCAUGUUCUUAAUUCUACCAUUAUUGCUAUCAGAGGCACCAGCGAAAACAGUAUAAAGAAUUGGAUUCAGGAUUUGUUUUGGGUGCAGCUUGAUUUGAAUUACCCGGGUGUGAAAGAUGCAAAGGUUCACCACGGGUUUUAUCGUGCUUACCAUAACACCAUUCUCCGUUACGGGAUUACAAGUGCUGUUCAAAGGAUUAAGGAAUUAUACGGAGAUAUACAGAUUAUGGUUACAGGACAUUCUAUGGGAGGGGCUAUUGCUUCAUUCUGUGCACUUGAUCUUAGUGUAAAUUAUGGAGUGGAACAUGUUCAGCUUAUGACCUUCGGGCAACCUCGAGUAGGGAACCCUGCCUUUGCUGCCUACUUCAGCAAGCAAGUGCCUGAUACAAUUCGCGUGACUCAUGCUAAAGAUAUAGUACCUCAUUUGCCACCAUAUUAUGCUUCGUUCUCGAAAAGAACCUACCAUCAUUUCCCGAGAGAGGUAUGGCUCCAUCGCGCUGAAGUGGAUGGAGAAGAGUACAUAGAAGAGAAGAUCUGUGAUGGCUCUGGAGAAGACCCGACUUGCAGCAGGUCGGUCUAUGGGACAAGUCUAGCCAAUCACCUCGAGUAUUAUGGUGUCGACCUCGAAGCCGAUGCUUGGGGCUCUUGUAAGGCUCUUGUGGAUGCUAGUGUCUCACAAUACUAUCUAGAGUACAAUGGCAGCAUAAUCUUGUGGAGGGAACCCACCACUCUACAUUCAAAAAUAGUUUCUCCUCGAUCGGUUGGUAGUUCUCUAUAGAGUUAAUUCCUUGUGGGUUUGCAUCGAAAAACUGAAUGUAAAAUAGUAGAAAGAAUCUUAAGUGUAAUCUGUGUGUGAUCUUUGGUGGAUGAUGAAUUGAAUUAGCAUCGAAAUUGUAUGAACUAUUUUAUGAGUAGACUAUCAUAACAAAACUAUUUGAGUAA